UAUUAGCCCUUUUUAAAACAACCAAACAAAGAAAAAAAAAGAGAAAAAAUACAAAUCCGAGAACACCGAAGCCCCCUUUAAUUUGGAGAUAUUAGAUUUGGAUACCCAAAAAAAAAAAACCCCAAGAAAAAUAAAUAAAAAUAAAUAGAAAAAACUCGUUUUGAUCUGCUCCUUGUUUCUUGCUUUUGAAUUGGGGGAGGAGGAGGAGGAGGAGGAGGAGGAAUUAGGGUUUGUUGUGGAAUUGUGGGAGAGAAUAAGAGAGCGAGAGAGAGAGAGAGAGAGAGAGAGAGGGAGGGAGAGCGGGAGCGGGAGAGGAUUUUGGAUCUGGGAAGGAGGGCGGUGAUAGGGGAUGGCGUCGUCGGGGAAGGUGGAGGAGGGUCCGUCGGCGCCGUCGGCGAGGCGGGAUCCGUACGAGGUGCUCUGCGUCUCGCGAGACUCCUCCGAUCAGGAGAUCAAGUCCGCCUACCGGAAGCUCGCCCUCAAGUAUCACCCUGAUAAGAAUGCGAGCAAUCCUGAAGCUUCGGAACUUUUCAAAGAGGUUGCAUAUUCAUAUAGCAUCCUAUCUGAUCCAGAGAAAAGGCGACAAUAUGAUACUGCUGGCUUUGAGGCUUUAGAACGAGAAGGAAUGGAUAUGGAGAUUGAUCUAUCCAACCUUGGAACUGUAAAUACAAUGUUUGCAGCACUUUUCAGCAAGCUGGGAGUUCCUAUAAAGACGACCGUAUCCGCUACUGUUCUUGAAGAAGCUAUUAAUGGAACUGUUACAGUUAGGCCGCUUCCUCUUGGAUCAUCAGUCGUUGGAAAGGUCGAUAAGCAGUGCGCUCAUUUUUUUGGUGUGACAAUCAAUGAACAACAAGCCCAGGCAGGAAUAGUUGUUAGAGUUACCUCGGCCGCGCAAAGUAAAUUUAAGCUUCUGUACUUUGAAACAGAACCAAACGGAGGCUAUGGAUUGGCUUUACAGGAAGAUAGUGAAAAGACCGGCAAGGUAACAUCUGCAGGCAUGUAUUUUCUACAUUUUCAAGUAUACCGGAUGGAUUCAACAGUUAGCGCGUUAGCAAUGGCUAAAGAUCCUGAAGCUUCUUUCUUUAAAAGAUUAGAAGGCCUCCAACCAUGUGAAGUUUCUGAAUUAAAACCUGGCACUCAUAUUUUUGCUGUUUAUGGUGAUAAUUUCUUUAAGCCGGCCACCUAUACCAUUGAGGCUAUCUGUGCCAAAUCAUAUGAAGACACAACUGAGAGGCUCAAAGAAAUAGAUGCUAAGAUUUUAGCAAAGAGAAAUGAUUUGCGGCAGUUUGAGACUGAGUACAGAAAAGCUUUGGCACGCUUUCAGGAGGUGACCAACAGAUAUGGCCAGGAAAAGCAAGCUGUAGAUGAGCUGCUGAAGCAAAGAGAUAGUAUACAAUCAUCAUUCACGACAGUUCGAACUAUCGUCAAUUCCACUGGGAGUUCAAGCGCCAGCGGCAAGUUCACUACUGAAGAGUCCAGAUAUGAUAGUCUGGGGGAGGACGGCAGUGUCGACGGCAAAGACAAAUCCAAUAAAAAGAAAUGGUUCAAUCUAAACCUAAACCGCUCGGAUAAGAAAGCUUGAACAGCAGCUAUCCUCGUCGUUUGUGUACAUUGCCUUACGAAAGCCUGUUGGAUUUAUUGUGUAUCAUGUCUCAUAAAUUUUUUUUUUUUUUUACAUUUUUUUAGUAGUUUUUCAGUUUUUAGCAAGUCUUCCUGCAUACCUAUUAAUUUCUGGCUCUGUAUUUGUUAUUUCUUUUAGUUCAGCUUUGCAUUGGUUCUGUUGUAUUAUUAUUUGGAGGUUGAAAUGACUUAAGGGAACCAAAAAUUGCGCGGAACAGAGCUUUAUCAGAGAUAUACCAAGUGAUUUACUUUCUCAUUGAAGAAAUAUAUGUUUUAAAGUUUCA